AUGUCGGUACAGACGCUGAUACAGGUCAAUGGCCAGUGGGUCACGAGAACAGUCGACACUCAGCGGAUUAUGGCAGAGUUCAGUCGAAGAGACGCUCAAGACAAAGAGCAACGUACGAGCGGGAUGGCGGCGAGCCAGACUGUACCUAGGCUUGGGCUUCUCUCCCGGACGGUAUUUCGCAGUCCUAUAAUCAAUCUAAUCAUACCAGCACGUGUGAGGCGCAAAGACAAGAACGAUGUUGUCCUGAUCGGCGAGGACUUCAUUCAUGUCAAGGAGAUCCUCUCAGACGGUCAUCUUCGUCAUGUCACGACUAAGGCGGACUUCGGCAGCCGGAUUCGUGCUGCCAGAGUCUUUGGGGAGCAGAGGCUUCCGGCGAUGGACGCCCGGGAUCUCUCAAUGGAGCUCGACACCUCAGACAUGAUCCCGCCGCAGAUCCUAGUGCUUACACUGGAAUCCAAGGAGUUGAUGUUCCUUUUCGUCCAUCAGGAGCCGUCAGGGGCUCUGAGUUUUCCGUCCAGCGUGCUCCCUCUGCCGGACCAAAUGUCGUUUCUAGAGCAGCCUGGAAGACAUGUGGCUGUAGACCCAAGAUCCCGUGCUUUUGCGGUAGCUGCUGCUGAGGGCAUUCUUUACAUGUACCGUGCAAAACCUAUGGAGCGAAUAAGAGAAGAGUUCUCACAGAGCCCGAAAAAGUGGAGUCCUAUUAUGCAAGAACUCCCAGUCAAGUUUGAUGGUAUCAUUCUGGCUAUGGAGUUCCUGUACCCGGCGCUCAACGAUGAAAACCACGUCAUACUCCUAGUCGUAUGGGCCAAAGAUCGAAGACUCCGUAUGACUUGCUGGGAUUGGGACCACGAGAAGGGCCUGAGGACAGUAAAUAUGCGAGUCAAUGGGCAUCCUCUGUGGCCAAUGAGAGGGCAGGAGGUGUUCCCUGUGCUGCUUAUACCGCUCCAGCAAUCGUCAGAUUUUAUCCUGGUUGGAGAGCAGGACAUUUACCUUUACCAAGACGUACUCUCCGGUGCACCUAGGUGUAACAGGGUCUUGGUACAUGCGGUUGCGCCUCGCUAUCCCGGGCUCUCCAAGAAGAAACCAAGAUGGGUUUGCUGGGCAAGGAUGGUGCGGAACUGGCGGCUGCAUGACAGAGCGGACGAGAACUUCUACCUCGCACGCGAGGACGGUGCUGUCUACUACACGCAGUUCGCCGAGAAUGACAUCGAGAGGACGGCAACACUCUCGAAAGCAGGACUACUCAGCUGCACCGUCAACACAGCAUUUGCUAGCUUGGAUGUUGGCUCAUCUCUUAGCAACCCUGAUGUGCUCGUCGCGGCAGGCGAUAUGAGCCAGGGUCAACUUGUGCGCAUUGGCUCGUGGCAGAACGAAGGUAACCAUGCCGGGCGCUCGCGCGAGGACGCACUCAAGUUCAAUUAUAUGGAGUCAUUACCGAACUGGGCACCGACUAUUGACUUCCUGAUAACGGCCAAUCUCUGUGGCGAUGCGACUGCCGCGCAGCAAGGUUCCAUUUUCACCACAGCAGGCAGAGCCCCUCACGGAGCGGUGUGCGAACUCAGGGCAGGUCUCGAGGCGCGAAUAGGCUUCAUCUUCGACAGUGAAGAGCUCUCGAGUGUGGCUUCGGUCUGGGCAUUUGCUGAUGCUGCUGAGCGUGGGGUCUACUUCGUAAUGGCCACUCCAACACAGAGCCUACUGAUACGGAUUGGCGAGGAUGAGACCGGAGAUACCGUUGUGGAUACGGCAUUUGACGACACCAGCUGUGGCCUCGACUUCGAGCAUACGACGGUCACCGCGGCUUCGUUAUCCAAUCAACACAUCAUGCAGGCCACCCCAUGCGCCGUCCGUGUUCUGGAUCUAUCCAGUGCCAGCUUGCCUCAGAUUGCAGUUCGUGAAACCUCUUCGGACGAGACCAUCGUUGCCGCGUCUGUGUGCAGGCACCUUUCUGCAAUUUUCGUCGCCAUUCGUCGAGGGAGCGAGAUCACUCUUCGCUCCUUAAGAAUUUCGGACGGACCAGGUGAUGCUGCGCUACACGAGUUUGGAGAACCACGUCCACUCUCAACCGAAAUUACCUGCCUUGCGGUCCUUCGAUUUCAAGACAAAUCUUAUGUUCUUGUAGGCCUCACGAGCGGAUCCGUGCGGCUGAUGAACGUAGAUGCCAUCCAUGGCCUGGUACCAGAAAGCGAGCACGAGAUUAGCGACCCUUCCUCAGAAAGCGCUCCAAGUGUCUGCGAGAGCGCCAUCAUCUUGCAGAGUGCACCAGUUUCUGGUGCUCGCACCAACUUUUUAAUCGUCUGCGGGCUUCGGAAUGGCACUCUUCGUACGAUAGAGUUAGAGCUUAUCAAGCACGAAGCGGAUUCUAGCCAUGAUCUACACUUUGGCCGAACCGACACAGUCAACUUGGGCUUCACCUCCACUCGAGUAGUCUCAGACUCUUCCAAAGCUAGCUCCGCUCUUGCCACUUGCGGCAACAACUUUUGCCGUUUGGAUUACACUGGUGGCCGCAGAACGGGUCUUUUGAUCCGCAGCAUAUGGUUCACUGACCUGAACCAACCGGCUCUCCAGCAGUCACCUGUUGCGGCCCUCUCUCAAAUACCUUAUGGCGAAGACCUUGAUAGGAAGAACCUAAUUGGAGCCUUGGCCUGCAUUUGCGGCUCGCAGUUUCUGGUCGCCCGGCUGGAUGAUGAGCCGAAGGUCGUUCCGCGGCGAAUUCCUAUGUCUGAUGCAACACCAAGCAGGAUCAUGUACUCUGGGCGCCUGGAUAAGAUCGUCACUGGAUCGUUACAGACACAUUCGCCUGUCGUAUCGCCUGAAGACAUCAAUUCCGUCAAAGCCCAACUGCAGUUUUUGGAUGGUGAGAAGGUUCUCAAAACCACGCCACUAGCUGAACGGGUUUAUGCCAUGCUCGAUUGGACUUAUGAAGACGUCCAAGGAAGGCGGUACGGGUUCUUUUUAUUAGGCUUGGGCAACCUUGAGGGAUCGUGGGGUCGUGUUACGUUCCUGUCAGCCAGACCCGAGGGCAACAACGUCGGUGUCCAAGAAAAAUUUCACUUAGAGUUUGACAAACCUGUCCUUGCAAUCGCUCUCUACGACCAGACCAAACUCGUCAUAGCCGUGGGGGGUGACUUGAGGAUCUAUAGCUUUGAUGCUGAGGCUAGAAAAUGGCACAGCAUAGCUUCACUCGCGCUUCCGUCCUCAGCAACCCAUGUCACCACAUCAGCGCCCUACAUAUACGCAUCAACACUGGAACAUUCUUUCAUGGCCUUUGAGCUGAGAACAGAGGCGGACGACCAUCUAUCCGAGUACACAAUCGAACCAGUGCUCACCGACUCUCAAAUCCGUGAGACGUGGCAUCACCUUUCCCUAACGCUGCCGGAUACAUCUGCCGACGCUGCCAACGCUUCUGCGCAGGAGGACGGCGUCGCUUCCUCCUCAUCAGCACACCAACAUCCGAACCUCUUUCUUGUAUCCGACAAAUCAUGUACCCUCGCGGGCAUCUAUCGUCUCCCGCAUCAAGCGCAACAAAACGUCGCUCCUAUGUUGUUCGAAGCAAGGCUCCCGCGUAGCAUCGCGCGCCUACGUCAAGGCCACGUUCGUCCGCCGUGGUGUAGGAUCGAAAACGUACAAGGCGUGAUACAUCAGCCGGGCGGGGACAUCCUCGGGUCCGCCGCGGACGGCACCCUCAUGUCCUUCGUCUUGCUCGAAACGAAGGCAUGGAGGUUGAUAAAAGUCAUGGAGAAUUUAGCACGCAUUGGAUGGUAUACGGACAACAAUGGUCUCAGUGGUAUCGACCAUGCUGCCACCAGCUUCAAAAGGUCGACGGAUCUGUGCCCGGAACACGAUGCGGCGGGCCUCCGGCAGAGAACGGUCUAUCACGUGGAUGGUGAUCUGUUGGAGCAUCAGGUGGAUAAGCUGAAGGGCUUGAUAGAGCAUUUGGAGACGAUUGAAGAAAACAGAGGCGAGAUCAGGAGAAAACUGACAUUCCUGGCGAAUGACGUUUUAGGCGAGGGUGAUGGUGAUGAGGAUGUGGUUGACAGAACUGUGAAUUGGGUGAAGCAGGUGUUGAAACCUAUGUUGUAA